GGAGAUUUUCACCUUGUGCCACACUACUGUGCGGAGCCUGAAUCCCACGCAGCUGUCCCGCGGCCAUUUCGACCGCGUUUUGUCGGCCAUGAUCAUGGCGAAGUUCCACAAGCAGUACCGCAAGCGCUUGAACGGCUUCUCUGAAGAGGAGUUGCAGCAGGUGUUCGAGUUCGCGAAGCACACCUACCCGGAGGCUGGUGACGACGGUCUCUUUUUCCACGCCGACCAUUCCGAAGAGUUUGCGCGGGAUUGCUGUGAGUUGAUGCGGAACAGGCGUGCCGCGCAGAACGACCAGAACUCGCUCUUGUUGGAGCACGAGAUGAUUCAUGGGGCGGUAUAGUUGCAUUUUUUCAAAAGUUGUUCGUAGGAUGCGUCUACUCCUCCGUCGUUAGGCACAUCAAGUGGGUUUUUUACUUUUCAGUCCAUAUAGAUGUUGAUGCUGGGCAUUGGGCUUUUUCUUUUUUGUCCAACCCGCCACGCAUGACAAAUCUACCAACAAAACAUACCCCCCAGGACCACUACCUGAAAGUCCACCCGGAUGAUUUUGGGCUCUUGUACGAUAACUGGGACCCGAGUACGAAGGAGGAACAAGAGUUGAAAGCGCGGAGCAAGAAGUUUUGCUCGGAGCUGUCGGUCUUGAUCAACAAGUAUGUCGCGAACACCCCGGGGUGCGUCUCUGGAACCUAUGAGGUAAAGACUACUCCUCUAGUUUCGGGAUGUUUUUGUUAUAGCCUGUCCCAGGCAGAUACAUACGAUUAUGAAACUGGCGUGCAUGUUUUGAGACUUAACACCCCACACAGAUAUGAAGUUUUAAUUUACAACUCUCGCUAGGUUGUCACCUUGCCUGCCCCCGCGACGAUUGAGAAGACGAAGUUAAAAGAAAAAAUGCGCGUCAAGGCCUAUUACGGUGGUGAACUCGAAAUGGGCGAGGUCAACAAGGUCAGCACCCCCUCGACGGUCACCAACAUGAUCGACGAGCGGCUGAAAAGCCUCCGCUCCAAGUACCGCGAGGCCGAGAACCAGGCGAAGAAGCAGCACGAGUCGAAGGUGACCCAGAUCAAAAAGGGCCUCCGCAAAGAAGCCAAGGAACGGGAGAAAUCCGAAAAGGCCGCGAAAAAGAAGAAGAGUAUUACUCUUGUCGUUUUCUCGAGUACUAUUUCUGUCGCCCAGUAAAAACGCAUCGUCAAUGACUGCAGACCCACAUCUAUUUUCCCGCAUGGUCAUAUCUGAACGUCGAAACCCGCAAUGAAAUAUCUCGCAGAUAAUUUGGCUGCGGCGGUUGCCGUCUCUUCGGAUGAGGACGACGAUGACAACCUGGGCAACAUGAACUUCGAGUCCCACAACGACAUGCAGCGCCUCAUGCAGGAGGAGGCCGCCCGGUUUAAGGCCGCGAAGCUGUUGUACGAAAGCGAGUGCAACCGUUUGGCGGAGAUCGCGAAGAAGCAGUCCUCCGAGCCGCACUCUUUGAUCAAGAUCCUCUCGUGGGAUGAUGACGACAAGCCGGUAAUCGACAGCAUAUUUCUUUCGAUUAUUUCACGAAGGACGCAUAUUGAUGUUGUGUUUUGCAGUAGUGAGAAUUUGUUGCAUUUGCAUGAGAAUAGCUGGCGAUGAGAGGUAGCUGUGGUGCGUGUGUGGCCCACCAUCUUUUCGCUGGGUAAUGUUGCCUGGUUCCCAUUCGUAUAAAUAAUGCAAAAAUCUACUGCGACAACAGGUGACGGUCCCCACGGCGAACUGCUCGAUCGACCGCGGGCAUUACGCGGUGGACUUCAGCGGGCCCGGAAACCUGUAUGAGACCAAGACGAUCAUGUACGAGAACUGCUGCCUCGGAAUCGCGGCCUUGCUCCCCCUCACCUGCAACAGGGACACCGGUUGUGCGUUGGCCCUGCGAUUCAAGACCACGAACAUUGGGCCGGACAAGUGGAAAAACAAGUUCUGCCUCGUCCCGUUUGCCAUGGUAAGCGCAUGGCAAAUAAAGAUAUUCAUGAUGUCCGAUUGAGAUAAUGACAAGAAAUCACGUUGCUCAUGGAUUCGGGACGAUCUCGCUUUUUUUUGUUGUAGUUGUGCAAAAUGUAACAUGUAAAUUUCGAACAACACAGUCCUGCGGCCCGAACCCGAUCACUACCUUCAAUGACCCGUUGCUGGACCAGCCGAAGAAGUCCAAAAAGGUCAAAUUUGCGGACGAAGUGGUGCCGAAGACCGUGAGCUUCCUCGACAUGGAGUUCCUCCUCGCCGUCGAGCCGGAAGACCAGUCCUUGAAGGUCAAGGGCAUCACCAAGAAGUCGAAGGACGCCCGCGAGAAGCAGAUGCAGCGUGAGCAGGAGAUGGUUUCCAAGACGUUGGCCUUCAGUCAGUCCGCGCCGGAGGGUUCUUCGUCUUCUUCCAAAUCUUCCUCGUCCUCGUCUUCCAGCUCCACCAAGAAGUAGAAGGUCGUGGUCUUUUCUAGAAGUCGAAUCGAGAACAGCGCUUCGGUAAAACUAAGAGAAGUCUUUCUGUGUCGUGACGGAGAGAGCGAGAUGAGAAACCCAGCGGCUUUGAUAGACGGCAUAGUGGUCAGUCAUUUCCUGAGUCUUCAUCUUCUGUUUCUGUUUACUCUGAGACGUUGACCGUGUGGUAUUGUUGCUGCUCUUUCGGUCACGUAAGACGAUUGUUUUUUCCCCACCUGCACGCGCGACCGAUAUAAAGAGUUUCUGUUGUCUUAUUUAUCUUGAUCUUCGUAUUAUUGUCAUCUUCACUUCUAUCCAGACGCACUUUUCUACUUUGUUUUUAUUUUCUUACUCUGCUUGGCAACAUGACUGCAACUUCGGCUUUUCUACACAUCUGCUUUAUUAGGUUUUGCUCCGUCUCUACCUCGAUCUGACUGUAUUGUAGUUUGCGUGCUAUGUCAAUUUCUUUUUUCCACCUGUCUGGUACAUACAAAAACUGAUUGAUGGACCAACCCUGCAGUGCAACUAGCAAUGCAAGAGAAACAAAAUUCAAUCGCUUUGGAUUCUAAUCAUCUGGUCCACAAGCUUUGCGGACAAUUCAAGGAUGAUGCACCUGCGUCGUAGGUCGGUGCGUAAUUUGAAUGGUGACUCUUGCC